AUAAAAGGCAGAAAACCAGAAAAAAAGAGAAAGGAGCGUUCCUACCACGCGACCACCACGAGCCGCCUUUAAGUAGUCAAGUACUGGAACUCAACUGGUUCUCCAUUGCUCGUCGGUUUGCCCUUCGGACCGAACACGUACAAAAUAAAAAGCAAAGAGAAAUGCAGUCACUGCAGGAAAAGGCUUCCGAGUGGAGUGGCGUUGACCCUGCCGAUGCCUUUGCCAUUGAUGAUACGAAUUUGUUCCAGAAAUUGGGACUCCAAACCUUCAUCAACCUCUCCACCAAUUUUUACACCAGGGUGUACGAUGAUGAAGAGGAGUGGUUUCGAUCAAUAUUUGCUAAUUCCAAGAAAGAAGAAGCCAUUCAGAAUCAAUAUGAAUUCUUUGUGCAACGAAUGGGAGGGCCUCCUCUUUAUUCUCAGAGGAAAGGUCAUCCUGCAUUGAUCGGGCGUCACAGACCAUUUCCGGUUACGCAUCAAGCUGCGGAGAGAUGGUUGCAUCAUAUGGAAAAGGCAUUAGAGAGCACCCCAGACAUUGAUGCUGAUUCAAAAAUCAAAAUGAUGAAUUUUUUCAGGCACACUGCAUUCUUUCUUGUGGCUGGAGAUGAGUUGAAGAAUCAAAACCAAGGAGUUACAUGUAAGCAUGGGUCCAGCAAGCCAGCUGCAGUGUAAACCGUUUUAACAGGAAUUCCCCAUUCCUUUGUUGAGAGAAAACAUGGAUAUUGCCAUUCAUUAACCACUUAAUUAUGUAGUGUUGUAACUUAAAAACCCUUUUAUUAUGAAUAAAUCAUGAAUUUUUGACAUAA